CUUUAAGAAAAGGCGUAUUAUGCACUGCGUAGCGUUACGAAAAUUUGCUGAUGAAGCAGUCCCCUAUUCAACCCACACAGCACUCCGAAACCUUUCCAGUGCCAACCACAACUAAGCAUACAUUUUCAUUAGUUAGUAAAGAUGUCUACUACUUCUCGUGAAGAUGCUGUUUACUUAGCCAAGCUUGCUGAGCAAGCUGAGCGCUAUGAAGGCAUGGUCGAAAACAUGAAAAGCGUUGCCUCCACUGACCAAGAAUUAACUGUUGAAGAACGCAACUUACUUUCUGUCGCUUAUAAGAACGUUAUUGGUGCUCGCCGGGCGUCUUGGCGUAUUGUCUCUUCCAUUGAACAAAAGGAAGAGAGCAAGGGUAACACUGCCCAAGUUGAAUUGAUCAAGGAAUACCGUCACAAGAUUGAGCAAGAGCUUGACACCAUCUGCCAAGACAUCUUGACUGUUCUCGAGAAGCAUCUCAUUCCUAAUGCUGCUUCUGCUGAGUCCAAGGUUUUCUACUACAAAAUGAAGGGUGACUACUACCGUUACCUUGCCGAGUUCGCCGUUGGUGACAAGCGCAAGCACUCUGCUGACCAGUCUCUUGAAGGCUACAAGGCUGCUUCCGAGUCUGCUCAAGCUGAACUCGCUCCUACCCACCCCAUCCGUUUAGGUCUUGCUCUUAACUUCUCAGUUUUCUACUACGAAAUCUUAAACUCUCCCGACCGUGCUUGCUACUUGGCUAAGCAAGCUUUCGAUGAAGCUAUCUCUGAAUUGGAUAGCCUUUCCGAAGAAUCCUAUAAGGAUUCUACUUUGAUCAUGCAAUUGUUGCGUGACAACCUCACAUUAUGGACUUCUGAUGCCGAAUACAAUGCAGCUGCUGCUGGCAAUGCCGAAAGUGCUCAAGAAACCCCCGCUUCUUCCAACGUUCCUGCUGAGGAAGAGUCUGAACCCAAGGCUGACGCAUAAAUAGCUGUUACUUAUGAUUGAUGCCAUACUUUCAUUAGUAUGAACUAUGCUUGAAAAAAGGUUGACUUGAUGAAGCUAUUUUUAUAUUUACAUUAGAUUUUGUGUAUCGCCCGAUUUGAUAGCUUUUCUUAUUUACGUACAUUUUUACCUAAUCUUUUUACUUACUCUUUUUUUUUUUUUUUUUUUAUGUAUAGCCCAAUCCAAUUCACAUAGGUAGCUGCUGUCUUGAAAGUGUGGAAAUUGUUGAAACCAACGACCGACGCCAGCGAUAGAAUUAUUCAAAUAAGGG